AUGAGAAGUGGUGAGGCCGAACGACUAAUAGGGAGAGACGAAAGAGCUAUCGAGUCCGCUAGCUGGUCUGAUGGGGUGAGCACAGUGCUCUCGUUGCGGCGCCUUCGAGACAGAUUUGCCGUCGUCUGCACUGGCAUAUUCUUUCGUCUUUUGGCUUUCUGCCUCUUGGAGGCCUGGCCAUUUCACGUGACCGGGAGACUCUCGUCUCACCAGCCACGGACAGGUCGAGUUGGUCCACUAGCUGACACGCAAGCGGACGGACAUUCAGGCUCAACCACUCAUGUUUCCUCCCUCUGGCACUCGCCUGUAAUUGUCCCACUCCCUGUUGCCCCUUCGCACCGACCUGCAGCUCCCCACCUCGCAUGGAGACGCAUGGGACUGUUUUACUUUUUGCCUCGUGGCCCUUGA